GUGUAUGUGUGUAUGUGUGUGCACGUGUGUAUGUGUAUCUUCUCUUUCCACUUCCUCUUCCUCUUCUCGGCGCAGAGAGAGAGCCUAUGUGCGGUGGUGGUGCUACCCGCGCGUUUCCCGAUAUCGUUCGGCAACAGAUAAUAAAGGGGCGGCGAGGUCGACGCUGAUUCGACACCGAGGAGCCUCCGACCGUCUGGCUCAUCAUGUUCGCCAAAUCCAGAGGCAGCAGCACGGCGCCGUGCGACCUGCUUCCCGAUCCGAUACGCAACACGUACGAGAUCGGCAAGCAGUCCGCCACGGCCGGACCGGAGAACGUCUGGCGCAUAUACGACGGCUAUCGGAAAAAGGACAGGAUGGAGGUCUCGAUCUUCCUGUUCGACAAGCGAUCCGUGGAGAAGCUGCACAAACCGAAGCGCCGGGAAACGGUCACGGACAUCCUGCGCGCGGGCGCCGCUCGGAUGGAGCGGUACUCGCACCCGAAGCUUCUUCAGGCGUACAAAGUGGAGGAGUGCGCGGACACGCUGGCCUUCGCGUCCGAGCCGGUCCUCGCCAGUCUUGCGAAUGUCCUGGCGUACAAGGAGCAAUUGGCAAACACCCUCGCGGCGCAGUCCACGGGCCCGAUGGGCGGCAAGCAGAAUCAUCCGCCGACCACCAGCCACCACCGCUCGACCUUCGUCAAGGAGUACGAGCUGCAGGAGCUCGAGGUCAAGUACGGCCUCUUACAGAUCACAGAGGCUCUGCUGUUUCUUCACGGCAACUGUAAAUUUCUCCACAGAAACGUUUGCCCGACGAGCAUCAUUAUCACGAAACGGGGCACGUGGAAGUUGUCGGGGUUCGAGUUUAUCGAGGGUGCCAAGGAGAUACCGAUAACCGUGCAAUCGUGGACGAAGCACAUGCCGAAAAUGACUCAGCCGAAUCUCGAUUACAUAGCGCCGGAGGUGCAGCAGAAAAAGCUCGCGAGCUUCGCCAGCGACAUGUACAGCCUGGGCAUGACGAUAUGCGCGAUCUACAAUCAGGGUCGGCCGCUGAUACAGGCGAAUCACAGCUGCUCGGAUUAUCUCAAGCAGCUCGAGACCCUCGACGAUCAAGUCGCCGUUCUUUUGCCGCUGAUACCGAUCCCGCUGCGGGAGGCGGUGACGCGACUCCUGCACAAGGACCCGAUGCAAAGGCCGACCGCGCAGGUCCUCACCAUGAUCAAGUUCUUUCAAGACCCGUUCGUGCACGCCCUGCAAUUCCUCGACGUCAGCAAGAUGAAGGACGUGCAUCAGAAGGAGCACUUUUACACGACGACGCUGAGGGAGCUUCUGCCGUAUAUGCCAAAGAAACUCUGGUAUCAGCACAUCUGGACGUAUCUUCACGCGGAGUUGCAGACGCAGGAAGUGCUGUCGGCGGUGCUGCAGCCGAUGCUGUACAUCGUGCAGAGCAGCACGAAGGAAGAAUUCGAGCGGAUCGUGUUUCCUACGCUUAAACCCCUCUUCACCAAUCGAAAGUCGGUUCAGGGAACCGUCACCCUGCUGGAGAAUUUGCACAUCAUCCUGGAGAAGACGCCCCAGGAGUACGAGCGCGAGGUGCUCUCGAUGCUGUACAUGUCCUUCGAAAAUUCGACCAUGCAAGUGCGGACGGCCGCGUUCGUGGCCGUUGCGCACGUGACGAAUUAUCUCGAGGACGACGCCAUACGUAACGUGGUGCUGCCGAAGCUGCUGGACGCGUUCGAGAACAACUCGGCGAACGCCCGGGUGCUGAUGGACGUGGUCCCGUGCAUCCUGAGCCGUCUCGAGAAGCAGAAGAUCAUCGACUGCAUCCUACCGCUGCUCUGUAAAGUCAAGCUGCAAGAACCCGAGAUCGUCGUGCGGGUUGUAAACAUUUACAGGCUGAUGCUGACCGACAAGAAGUAUGGAUUAUCGGUGAAUUGGAUGGCGACGCACGCGAUGCCUUCUCUGCUACCGCAAACCGUGAACCCGAAGCUGAAUCUCGAGCAAUUCAUCUUGCUCCUCGAGGUGCUGCAGGAUAUGCUGAACAACAUCGAGAGUUGCAGAAAUCAGAGGAACAAGCUGACGCUCGACAAUCUCUCCUUGCCGAGCCCGGACAAGUCUCGACCCCUGCGACAUCAGUACAGCACCGACAACGUGCACGUGCCGGCGUUUAACAUCCCGAAUUUGCGCAUCGAGCAACGCAAGACCUCGUCGGCCGAGGAUAUGGCGAGGAAGAACAGCAUCGGCUCCAUAUCAACGGCCUCCGCGGAGAACAUGACGCGGAAAAAUUCAAUGGCAGCGAUGUUCGGCGGAUGGUUCAACUCGCCGUCGGCCAACGACAGCAACUACCUGCGGGUCGUCAACACGUUCACCAGCAGACGGCUGUCGGACAACACCCUGAUGACGCCCAAGAUCCGGAUAGCGCCGUCCUGCGCGAGCUCACCGGGCGGGACGCCCGGCACCGGCGGCGGCGGCGGCCUGCCGAUUCGCCGACACUCGAGCACCGGUCCCCAGGAACGACGCGGGUCCAACAUUAAUUUGUCCCCGCCCACGGGUGGCGGAAUGCCGAUCACAAGUAGCAGCGUGCCGUAUCUGCUCAGUUCGAGCCUGAACAGUAUUCGCGGCUCGAGACGGCCGUCCGUGUCCUCGACGUCGUCGCAGCAGGGGCUCGGGCUACUGCAGCAGGUUGGCUCCAGCAUGGUAAGACAACUACCCCCCAUCUGCCUGAACCUGAACGGACCACCACCACCACCAACACUCUCUCCAUCACUCCAGCUACCGGGACAGCAUUCCCACUGACCCUCCGUUACAGUUACCAAUUCUUCAAUAGACAGCCCGAAGCGUGAAGCGCCAACGAUCCACGUCGUUGAACGAGACUCGGGCAAGAUCGCGGUGGUGGUGGAGUCUCUGACUAGCGCGCACCGAUCCCCAUGCACCCUCGGCCAGUCGUAAGGAAGAUAAAGUCGUAAAGAGGAGGAGGAGGAGGAGGAAACGUGACGAUGGCUCUCUCGUCCAAGGACUACGUCCCGGCGAACGGGAGAUGCUGAGACGUUGAUUCUCUCUUAAUUGGCCUCGGAAUCAAACGCGAAGACAUCUCCCGCCUAGGAUCGAUCCCCCCGAAGAAGAGGAGAUCGGAGGGGAAUGGGGAGAGCGGCUCGCUCUGGCUUAACGCGCGUACAAUCUGAUACCUAAUAGUAACAUAUACGUAUAUAGUUAUAUAUACACACACAGAACACUUUUCGCGGCAGCCGACAGGGCUACAGCCGCGGACUGAUGGCCGUCAAUUGGUCCGGGGAAAACCCCUCCUUCCCCUACCCAGGUCGGGCUAAUAUUUGCGUGUAUCUUCGUAUACAUCGUCCUCGCCGCCGCCACGUAGUGGCGACGGAGGGUUCAGGGAUAGAUGAUUCUUUUCGUUUUUGGAAGUGCAUAUACGUGUACAACUCAGGCGUGGGCACACCCGGGAUGCAUCAGAGGACAUUGAGAAUCUCCCGACUGAGUUUUUUAAGUGGUGAACAUUAAAGUGAGAUUAAUUUCUGUCGUCGACCGUCGGAUUUCGGUUGAUCAGAUGACCCGAUUUACGUGCUAUUUCGCUUCCUUUAUUACGUUAUUCAUUAGUGAUUAGGAAGUCAAAUCACACUUAUCUCGCUCAAUAUGGCCGUCCGACUUCGAACUUGUUAUCAGAAUCACCGAUCGUUCGCUGCGAGGCGGAGAUUUCGCAGCAUCCGAGUUUCCCCGAGAUUUUCGACAAGAUAAACUGGAGAUGUAUUUGAGAGGGUCUCGCGACUUCUGAUCCAUCUCGUGUGUACCAGGGAGGCAUGUCGUAGGUGUAAGUACACGCUUACUCAGAAAAAGAAAGCAAAUACAUAUACGUAUAUAAUAGAUAUUAUAUAUAUAUUAUACAUCUCUCGUAGCCACGUACGGACAAAAGAAUGAAUAUUUUUCUUGUCGAUAUAUAUUUGUCUAUGUAAUAAUCUAUAAAUAUGUAUAUCGUAAUAACGGCGUGCGCGUAACCAGAGGCGCGUCCUAGCACGUGUCUAGCCACGCCGUCAGUCGUCAAUUGUCGCACUACACAAUCACUAAAUCUUAAGGUAGCUUUUAUAAUAACUCAGGCGAUGUCGUUGUGCGAAGGCGGGUAACGCGCACCUUUUACACACACAUUCACACAAACACACACACACACACACAUGCACGCACGCACACAUACGCGCAAGCUUUGAGUUUCCCCCCGGAGCACGACGCGGUAUUGUCGAUUGAAUUGUCGCGCAAAUAAUGAUAUCGAUAAAAAGAAUAACUAUGAAUUGUUCGAUGUAUUUUAUCCGUCUAUCUCUUCUCUCUUUCUCUCCUCUUUUAAAAUAUAUUUCCCGAUACAAUCAGUGACAUAAUGGGGAGGGGAGAGUGAACGGAAAUAUGUUUAACAAUUCAUAGAAUUAUUCCGUUUCUAAAGUUUCUUAUAAAGGAGAUCUCGAUGUCGCGAGCAGACAGUCAGAUUGUCCUGGCGAUAGCGCUGAAGUAUUUAUAAGAAUUACAAAUUGAAAGAUGCGGAGCCAUUUAUUAAUUAAUUGCAAAUCGUGAUAAUUAAAAAACACGAUUGCAGUCGCGAGAUUGAACUCGGGAUAUGUUAGGGGGGCCGAAUGUAAUGUCGUUUAUAUAAAAAAGUUCUUUUUCUCUGUAUGAAGUUUCGUUAAUAGAAUUUAUUAAUUAUUUAAUGAUAUAAUCAUCUUCUCUCUGAUUGUUCACUUAUUUAUUAAUUGUUUAAUCCUCUUUUCAAAGAAGCCAAUCGGUUUUAAUUUGCUUUAAGAAGCUUUGAAAAAGACGGAUGAGUAAGUAUAAAGAUUUGAACGUCAUUUGCUUUUACAACGUUACAACGUUCCUUCUUCAUACGAAGUGCUUUAACGAUCGAAAAAUAUAAUAAUCCGGUGAAAUGAAUACGAUAAAUGGACAGAGAAGUAAUUCCUAUUUUUUCUAAUUCCUUUAAUGUUUUCUUGCGAGGACUUCAUUAGGAUGAUUGAGCAUUGUGAUAUUUCAAAAUCAAACUUAGUUUUUUUCGAGAACGGAAUUAAAAAAUUAAUGAAUAAGUGAACGAUCGUCGUAGAGAAGAUAACAUCUAUAUUAUUAAAUAAAUAAUAAAUUAUGUUGACGAAACGUAUCGCUUACAUUAUUUAUAGAAAUGACAUUUCUUUCCGGUACUUUUGGUAUAAUACAAGAAAAACAUAAUGAAUAAACCGAUAACUCAAAAAUUUUACAAAGAAGGACACGGCGCGAGUUGCAAGAACAUUCGUAAAAUAAUUAAUUAAUCGUCAUACGUUCGAGGGACGGAGAAAGAGACGGCGAGACAGAAUAUUCGACUUGAAAGGAUAUAGAGACAUAUCGUUAAGCUUUACGUGCUUAUUACAUAUCCCAAACGUAUUACAUAUCCCAAAUCAACCUACUUGACUUAUGACGUAGCGAAAGCAAGUAUAUUUUCCAGGGGAAAACAGAUGCUGCGUCAGGCAACCACUCACGAAUUAGAAAUCACAUUUCUCCGGAAUUCUCCUACUCUCGAUCGGUCGAGUCUUCCUAAUCCGGGGAUAGUCACUCAGGGUGAUUUUUUGGCACCCCAGCAGCGAGGAAAUGAAACUCAGUCACCAGCAGUUCUCUUUACUGACGUUAUUAAUUUAUUAUUAUGAUGUUUCAUUAUUUAUAUAAUAAUUAUUACGGUGUUAAAAGAAAGUGUGCGAAUAGAGUCGUUUCUCAGACACGACUCCCCGUACUCGACGGCGACUCGUCGUUUCCUCCACCCGUCUUCGCGAACGCGGAACCGCGCCGAUCGUAAGGUCGGACCGUCGCGCCGAUUUCAAAGAUCCUGGCUUCCCGUCUGCAGUUUUCUAAAACUAAAAGAGGAAGGAAAAAAGCGAAAAAAAAAAAGACAUUCGUUCGUGUGUGACUAUUUAUUCUAACUAAUGGCGUAAGAUUAUACAAAGUUAAGUGUCCUUAACGUUAGGCACACCCCGACACGUACUUACACUUGAGAACGUACUUGAGAAAGUAAUAUGUAAGGCGGUUCCAGGAGACAUCGAGGCCUCCCGCUAUUUCUCCCUCUCCACCCUCUUUUUCUCUCGCGUACUUUUGAAAUAUAGGCAUACGAAACGGAGAAACUCACGGAGGAGAGAUGUCGAAGAUUGUGAUUAAUUCUAUCACGGACAAUCACGGACAAUCAUUUACACGUAUCAAGAAUUAAUGAGGUAGUUGUACGCACGACACGCAUUUCGUUUAAGUAUUAGAGCCGCGUUUGGACGAGAAAUUCUGUUCGCGACCCAAACGUAAAAAUGAUUAAUUACAGUAAUGAUCGUUGAAUAAUCGUUGAGUGAGGCGAUCACUCGAGGCAGGAGCGUAUUUUAUUUUUAUUAUUUUAUAUUGAAUAUAUUCGUUAUUAUUUAUAAAAUAUUAUUUAUUUAUAACUUUAAAGUGAACUAUAUAUUUAUAAUAUGCACCAUGAUAUAUUUUAUAUCAUAAAUAUAUAACAUGCAUAUUUAUGGUGUAAAAUUAUUAUAUAUUUAUAUUAUCGCACAUACUCUUUUAUUUUUACUAUCGUUUCGAUCGUCAUUACUUUCAUGUCGCAUUAAAUUAUUCAAAUCAUAUAUUUGCGCAAUUUGGAAAAUUAAUUUAAAAAUAAUGAAAACAAAUUCACGCGGAGGUAUCCUUUUUUUUAUCCUCGCGAUCGGAAGAGUAAUUCAGACCAGCGUUUUCGCUUGUAAACUGUUAAUUAAUUUGAUGUUAAUUCCAUGUUCCACUUCUCGACUCGAUCGCUCCACCACUCGUCUUCCUCCGCAUCGCCAGGGGAAUACUUAAUACUCGGGAGUCGGUCAACAUCGCGCGGCGUACAAUCAAAUUACGUAGCGCGCACUGCGAUGUCGUUUCAGCCCUUCUAGCUCGUCCAAACGCGCGCGUAUUCCGCGCGAGAAGAGAGGCAGCCUGCGUACCACAUCGAUUUUAUCGAUCACGAGAGUAUCGCAACGCACAAAUUGCUCCCGUACCGUGGCAGGGGCGCGUUUAUUUAGCGAAUCGUUCGUUCGUGUAAAACGGCCGGAAGUCGUCGGCCCGGAUGAAUAUUCAGAGGCGUCGAAACGCGCGAAAGUGCUAUUUUAAGGGAGAAAUCGAAACGAAAAUCAUCAACCCCCCUUCCCCGCACGCGGCCUAAAAGAGCGACCUUAAAAAAAAAAAAAAGAGCGCGACCGGAUAAACGCGCCGCUAUGGUACAAUCGCAGAUGUUCCAUUCGUUUCUGCACUUUCCCUUUGGAUGCCUCUCACGCAAUAUGUCAAUAUAUUCCAAAUACGUAAAGGUAUGAUUCUCACGGAUUUCGAGGAACGAUUCUGGUUUUGAAUCCUCGAUCUCUCGAUCCGUCUCCUCGCGUCUCCUUGGCGCGGGGCGAAAAGACUGUCUUUUAUGUCUGCUACUUUUUGAAUUACUUUAAUUACAAAGCGCUACGCGAGCUAACGGCGAUUAAGUAACUUUGGCGUAUUUGUUGUUUGACUCGACGAUGGAAAGAGCGCGAGACGGAUUUCGAAAAGUUCAAUUUCCAAUCAGCUUAAAUCGACUCUAGCUUUUUUUUUCCUGUUGAGACUCGAGAUAAAUUCCGAUCAAUAUUUCCCGGCGCGCGUCUCUCGGAGUAUUUUGAAUCCACACCGUGAGGGGAAAAAAAAAUCAACGCGAGUAAAAUUGUAAAUUUUGAAACGCACCGCACCGAGAAAUUAUUCUGUAGGUAACGAUUAAGUAACUAAAGGGAAAGUAUUCCUUGAUCACGAACGUCGAAUACGGACUCUUUGAGAUCGGUGGUAGAACCAAGCACAUUCUAAAUUGCAAUUUCGUAAUUAGUGGACGUAGAGAAGAAAAAAAAACAA